AUGGAUGGAUUCGAGGCUACCCAACGCAUCCGCGCCAUGGAAGCUGACGCCCAGCCGCUGGGCUCGCCGCGUGGCACGCGGCCUAUCGUGGCUCUCACCGCCUCCGCGACCAAGGAGUAUGCACGCCGGUGCCUCGAAGCGGGAAUGUCGGACGUGUUGUUCAAGCCGGUCCGUCGCGAGGCCCUGGCGGCGGCCCUUCGCAAAUGGGGCACGACCGUCGCGGUGUCGGCGCCUCGCCCGCAACCCUGA